AUGUGGUUGUCGAUAUUUUCAGUAUGGCUCGUUGGCUUCUCCAUGUCGUUUACAUUGUUACCAAUAUUCCAAGUAAUUGACUGGAAAAAACGAGGUUCUGCCGAUGGGUUUUCGUCGAUUAAUCUUGUCUUGCCCUGUUUAAUGACAUCAUGCUGGCUUAAACAUGGUUACAUGACCAACGAUAAACUUAAUAUGUUUAUUAAUGCUUUCAAUAUACUAUUUUUCACUGGCUAUAUUCUGUCAUUUGCUUACUUUCAGCCAAAAAGGAAGUAUUUGUAUGGGCAAUUAGCCAGCCUCUUCAUAUCUUUGUUUGCAAUCUUCCGGUAUGUUGAUUCACAACCUGCUUUAACUGCUGCCGAUACAAUGGGCAGUAUAGCUGCUGCAAUGCAAAUCUGUAGUUUAGGAGGACAACUUUAUGAAAUUAAGCGAGCAAUUUCGUUCAAACACACUGAGUACAUUCCGGCUGAAUUACAAUUUGGAAUCUUUGUGCUAGUCAUUCAAUGGACAAUUUAUGGAGUAGUCGUCCAGAAUUACUACAUUGCGGUGGCUAAUAUGGCUGCAUUACUUGUAAAUGUGAUAACAUUGUCGUUAUAUAUAAUAUAUCCUCCGUUGACGUGGAGAGUACCGAUAUUUGGAACUGGCCCGCAAAAGAAGAAGGAAUAA